CAACGUGGCACGCUAUAGCCGCCCGCCCACCGUCGGCCCGCGAUUCAAACACUACGCCCUCACCUCCUCUGCCGAGAGCCAAUGGGGAGCCGCCCGCCGGGUAGAUCGAAAGGAGCGCCGGCCAACCAGGAAGCGGACUCACGGCAGGCGGCCAAUGAAAGAGAAGGAGGGGUUGGCCCUAGCCAGCCGGCCCUCCUCCAGCGUCCCGCUGCGCAGCCUCCGGGCGGAGGAGAAGAGGCUCACGCAGUUGGGAAGAUGAAGUUGGCUUUGGAAAUCCACCCCAAUGCUCUGGCGUAUUCCAUGACCACGUUGGGUGCUGGAAUGAUGAACAGUAUCUUUAAUUUCUACUACGUCAAGCUUUUCCUAAACCGAUACAGAAUUUCAGAAGUAGCAUUUCAUCAAGCACAGGUUGUAUUUAUGAUAUGGAACGCCAUUAAUGAUCCACUUUUUGGCUAUAUUCAAGACAACUCCCAGUUGCCAUGCUGCUCCAGACGCCAGUUUUCCAUUCUGUACGGAGCUCCGUUGUACGCGUUAGCCUUUUUGCUUCCUUGGUUCCCUUGGAGACAUUAUGAAGAAGGUGACUGGCUGAGUGGGCUCCACCUCAUUGUCGCACUGUGUGCUUUUGAUGGUUUGCUCACCUUUGUGCUGCUCGCACAGUGCGCGCUCUUUGCAGAAAUUUCAACAAGACAUGAAAGCAGGCUUCAGCUUAUAAAAUACAACCAAGUAGCAACAUUGAUCGGGUCAACAAGUGUUCUCUUUUGUGGCCUGAUAUCAGAUAAUAUGGAAAAUUUUGCUUAUUUUCAGGCUUUCGCUGUUUUGAUUGCAGCGUUAGCAACAGCUUGUAUGUAUUACACAGGCAAAUACAGUACCAGCCAGUAUGAGCAGAGAGGAGUUCUUGCCGAGAAUGCUGAUCGAGGAAAUGGUGACAGAGCUCUCUCCUGGUCCUCGGUGAUCUCAUUAACCAAGCAGAUUAUGACAGAGAAAAACUUUUUAUUUUUUGUUACUAUGAACUUCUUCCAAGUUUUCCACUUAGCCUUCUGCAACAAUUUUAUGAUGAUCUUUGCGGAUAAUCUCAUUCCUCGGGAUGUCCUUUCUUCUUCUAUAAGAAGCAUCAUGUAUGGAGCAGGCUUCAUUUGUCCUCAGUGCCUUGUUCUUCUCAGUCAUGCUUCGUUGAAGAAGUUUGGUUACUACAGAAUCAUCUUGUUUUCCUUUUACUUUGAAGGAGUAGCUGCUGCUGUCAUGUUUGUUCUAGGACCAGGACAUUACUAUCUCUUGGCAUUUUAUCUCACAACAAACAUGUAAUAUUUCAUGGGCUACUGUAACACUGAGCUGUAUGGCCAAUAAAUUGCAUUUCAUUGCCUGCGUACUUUAAAUGAUGAAGAUAUAUUUGGAUUUCCCCAGGAAAAUCUUAUAAGGGUAAUUGUACAAGCUUCGUUUAGUUUGUUCAAUUUGCCUUUGGCAGAUAUUGUUGAUGCAGAUUUAAUCAAGCACAAGCGAAGAUCACCGCUUUCCUCUAUGGUUUUUGGU